AUGGAUCACGAUAUCAGGGUUGGGACACAACGUCCAAGCAUGGAAGUGAACCCUUUGCUCACGCACCCCGAGCUUGGUAGCGUCAAGAAAAUAUUGUUUAACAACCCACCUUCCGAUAAAGUGUUUGGAUAUACUCCACCCAAGGACCCGGAGGGCGCACGCGAAGUCAUGAUGAUUUGGAAAGGGCACCAAGCCAGCCCUUCCCAAGACGUGGUUAAGCCAUCUCCUGAUUUCAAGACUCUGAACAAGAUGUCCGUUACCAGCGGCCUCUCGGACGCAAAGGACCUGCCUUUCUUCCGAAAAAUGCACUCGGAUGUGACGGUGAAGACUGGGCUCGACCGCUCGCCGUCGGCUUCCCGUCGCUCCGCGCUCCCCACGAUACCAGCCUCCAAGACCAGCUCCGUCUUCGGAAUGCCAAGCGCUCACCGGAGCGCGGAGGUGAUUCGGACACACGGCCCGGAGGAGCCGCCAGUCAAGUAUCUGGUCCAGGGCGCAUACCAGGAUGACUGGGUGCGCAAGAAUCUAGAGGCGGAAGCCGCCGGCAGCAGCCGACAGCGGCAAUACAUUCCGCCGCAGCCCACCAAGGCAGCAUUGGGACACUCAAUGGGCGCGUCCCGGUACUUGCAGCCCCACAGUGACGAGGAGCAAUGGAAGAUGAACAAGUUCAAGACGGUGAACCCUCGAGUUACCAAGUACACUGGGGGGUCAGCUCGCGCAAUGAGGGUUAAGGACACGGUGCCAGUGGCAGAAGCAGCAGCAUUGACAGCGGAGGCUAUGGCAGAGCAAGCCAACGCAAGCAUAAUAGGCUCUAUCGGCGUGUAUACUGCAGGCUCGAAUGGUGGUAUCGUCGUUGGUGUGGAGGACCGUUUCGUGGGCGGAACAACGCAUGUUAUUGCCAGCCAUGAGCAGCAGGUGGUUGUCCAGGAGGCGCGCCAGGCGCAAAGCCAAGGCACAAACGUACAUAUCUACGGACCACAGUGGAUCCUGGCUUGCAUAGACACCAAGGAACUUAUCACGGAGGAACAGGAGACCUUUGGCCUGUUACCCGGGCCGCACGACCCCGGUGUACCCGGUUUCCGAGACUUCACCAACCACAUACGGGUCUCCGGUGUGCCGGCGGACCGCAAAGAUUUUCGCAUGUUGCUCAUGUACUGGGUGGAGUGUUUUGGAGGACGCAGCGCCAAUGAGACCGCGGCUAUGGACACAUCGCAUGUCCUGACUUGGAACGCGGGCACGCUGACGCCAGCACAGCUGGAGCUGGAGCUCAGAUUCCCCCACGUGCGCCACGUGCACUACACAUGGCUGUUACAUUGCCGCAGCAACUGGGAGAUAGUGGACGACGAGCCGUUCCGUCUGAUGACCCCCGACGAAGCAGGAGUACCGCAGUUGGAGCAGCAGCAGCAGCAGCAGCAGGGGGAGGAGGCAGCGAUGGCCUUCAAGAUGGACGCACGGUCCGCUUCCGAGUUACCUGCCGGGCAGUUCUCUCCUCACUAUCCGCUGUCACGGCACUACGACCACACUGGUACCAGCGGAGGAACCAGCACGCCUGCGGCCGCGCCCGACGCCACUCCUGCUGAACACUCCCAACCGCCAUCACACCACCACCACCACCACCGUCACCACGGCGGUCCCCGGGUCUGCCGGCAAGGCGAAGCUUGGGGUGUGGCGAGCGGCGGUCGCCCGCCAGCUGAGAAUCUGAGCUGCAUAGAGCCGUCUGCAGCGCCCGCUGGCGGUGUUGGGGCCCGGCGGUGUAGCGGUAGCGGUAGCGGUAGCGGUAGCGGGGAUGAUGGCGGCGCGCGGGCCAGCUGUCCUGUCCGUCCCGAAGGCGGCCCUGGGUGUCACCGAAUGGGCAGCGAGCGCCACCACCAGCACGACUGUCGUCAAUGGGAGGAGCAACGGCAGCAGCAGGAGCAACAGCAUCAUCAGGUACAGCAGCAACAGGAGGACAUGGAGAUGAUGGAUGGGUUAGGGGACCAGCAUGCGGACCCGUCGCCAAUGCAGGGCGGGAUGGAGGCAACCAUGGCGCGCAGCGAUGAGGUGCAGCGGGAGUCCCUGAAGCCGGUAAGUCUGGCGGAACAGCCACCACAGCUCUGGCCACCCACGGCAGCGCCGGCGGCAUCCCCUUGCGCGUUGCCGGUGUGCGCAUAUCGCAUCAGUCCCCGUUGCUGCGAAGGUGAGAGCACCGACUGCUUACCGUCGGGCGGUGAGGGAGUUCUACGAAGCGACGCAGUGGCCCCCGGCCGGCGUCAAAGACGCAGUCGAGUAGCUGACGCCGUCGGCGCCGCCGACACACGUCCGGCGGGUGGCGGUGACGAUGGCGCGGCACCGGCGGCGGUAGCGAUCCGGACGGUGCAGCCACAGAUGGAAAGCUUGGAAGGCAGUUGUUGCACGGCACCCGCUGGCGGUGCCGCACAGGCCGGCCCCGCGGGAGCCCCACCAGCUGCUGACCCGCGGGUCCAUGAUGAGCUUGGCAGGCACGCAGAGGAUGUGAAGGAGAGACAGGCGGAUUGCGUCAUGAGCGGCGCUGCAGCAGCUACUGCUGCUGCUGCUAAGGUGGAGAGCCCUGCUGUACUGGCGUUGGCGCCACCGGCGGACCUCGUAGUAGUGCUGGAGUUGGAGAGCCACCGGCAUCCCGUGGGGCCAUGUGCUGGGGAGGGGCCCCCGGCCAAUGAUGGGGUUGAAACCACGGAGCGAGCGGCCGUGGCUGUGGGACCGGAUGAGACGGCGGAGUUACGCACGGAUGGAUGCGGUGCGGAUGAGGGCGGGGAUGUAGGAGGGCAGGGUUGUUGCAACCGCUGGGAGAAUGAGGGACAAAAUCACAGACGGCUAUGUGACGGCAACGGCAAAAAUGGAUCUCCGGCGGAAUUUGGGCAUGCGGCAGCACCCGCCGGGCCAGGUGCACUUGAGGGCCGGCGAGGGCGAGAUCCGUUGGCGCCGCUUGAGGCUGCCGCAGCCGGACGGCGGCGGCUCAAGGUGGUACCACCUACUGGACCGGCGCCGCUGAAAGCGCGGCCGGCCGCGGCCGGGGCCCUGGCGGCGGCAGAGGCAGCGGCGGCAGAGACCGCCGGGGCCCCCAAGGACUUGGACGCCGUGGGCAUCAGCGGCGCUGGCAGAUGCGACGUGGAUGCGCAUGAGGAUGCUCAUGCAAGCCGGCCGGCGGUGUCGCUAGCCGACGGCGAAGGGCCGGGGACAACUUCUCCACCGGGGUGUAUGCGACGAAGGCAGCGGCGGCGACUGCAUCUCUACGCGGCUUCGCCACAGGAGCCGAACCACAUUCACACGGAGGAGAUGGCGGCGUUAGGGAAUCCGUUGGACGCUGAUGGCGGCGACAGCGCAGGUGGCGAACUGGAAGAAGAGCGCGAAGGCGGAUACGGGGGCUGCAUGGGGCCGCGGCGGGACGGUGGUAACGGCAGGAACGGGGGAAGGGGUGCUAGGGCGUUUGACCCAGCAGCCGAAGCUGGGGCUGAGGGCGGCACGGCCGCGGCAGCGGGGCCACCGAAGUGGCGGCGGCAGAAGCGGUCCGCAGGCGUAGGACCCGACGCCGGUGACGCCGUCGGUCCAGCCCUGCAGCCGGCGGGUGUGCAGUGCGCACCCGCCACUACAGCAGUAGAUGCUGCAGCAGAGGAUGCAGAGCCGGGUGCAGGGGCGGGUCGUCGGCCAGCGAAGCGGCCUCGCAGGGCUAAAGGCGAGGUGACAGCUGAAGCGGUGGCGGCCAAGGCUGCUGCGCCUGACAAAGCCUGCGGCGCCGAUGCAGUAAGGCCGUACUGCGCAGGUCGUGGUAGCGAUGCCGCUGCUGUUAAGGACGGCGGUGAGGCGCCUUCUGGCAAUACGGAGGUGGUGGAGGGAGGAGGGCUUAAGGGUAGCGGCGGGGGGUACAGCGGCGAGGGCGGCACCUGCCAGACACGUGCGGCAUCAGUGGGGCGAGGUGGAGCCAGGAAGCCGCGGCAGCAGAGUGCUGCUGGUGGCGCCAGCAAGACCGCGGAAGGUGGUGAAGAAGUGGAUGAUUUGGGGCAGCCGCCGCCGCCGCCGCCGCAGCAGCAGCAGCAGCAGCAGCAACAGCAGCACCUUGAGCAGAAGCCGACGGCGGCCAGCACCGCAAAGGUUCGGAAGGUGGGCAUUGCCAAGAAGCCGAAGACGACCGCGGCCCAACCAGUCUUGCCGGUUGAGGGCGCAACGGAUGUGGUGAGAUUGGCUGAGGCUGAGGCUGAGGAGGCUGUGAAUACCACUGUCGCCGCCGCCGCCGCACCAGCAGCCCCGGCACGUAAGCCCAAAGGCCGCGGCAACGGCAGCAACCACGGCGGCGACAGCAGGACCGCGAUGGAGGAGCCGGCGUCGCUGAUAGUGUCGGCAACUCAGCCGGCGGCAUCGCAGCGACCGCAGGGCCGCAGCGGCUCCUCUCCUAUUCGCACGGGCCUUAAACUCGUGUUCGGAUUGAGCGGCUUCACGGCCGAGGAGCGCACGCGGUAUGGUGCCACGCUCAAGGCCUUGCAUUUGUCGUAUGUACCAGUUCUCAACGACUGGGACCCGCGGAUCAACGCGCUGCUGGCCCCCGGUCUCAAGCGCUCCGACAAGACUGUGUGUGCCAUGGCGGCGGGCGCCUGGCUGCUGCGGGCGGACUACCUGGCGGCCUGUCAGGCCCAGCGGGAGACCGGGGCGGGGGCGGGGGCGGGGGCGGGGGCGGGGCCCGGGGCUGCACCGGAAGAUUUUGAGCUGUGCGAGUGCGAGGACGGCGCCGCGGUCAUUUCUACCGGUGCUCCAUCGCACUGGCGUCGCCGCCUGGAGGCCCGGGGUGCCGCCGGUCGCGCCUUCUCCGGUCUUCGCGUCCUCAUUCCCCCUGGCCUUCCUCCGCCUCUGGACAGUGCCACUCUUGCUCGUAUGCUGGGUGCGGGUGGCGGUGUGGCGGUGGUUAAGUCGGGUCCCUCAGCCGCUAAGGGCUGCCACGUGGGGGUGGUGCAACCGGGCGGCAAGCAGGAGGAGAAGUUGGUGGCCUCGCUGCGGGUGGCCGGGGCUGCUGUAGUGGCGCCCGCAUACGUGGUGGAUUGGGUGGCACACCCACAUGCAUGCCUGGCGCACCACUACCGCCACGGCACCGCGCCCGGGGAGGCGCUGGCGGCACUGGAGCGAGAUCGCGGCGCAGUGGCCCCAGUUGAGCACUGCUAA